AUUAAAUUAAAUAUGAAUGACAAUACUAAGCAUGAUACUAAAUCUAAUAACAACAGCACUACUGAAUAUUUGGCCCAAUUGCUUAAAGAUAAAAAACAAAUUACAACAUUUCCCAAUUUAUUCAUGCACCUAGACCGGCUUUUAGAUGAUGAAAUUGGUAAAGUCAGGGCUCUUUUGCUCAAUUCUAAUUGCAAUACCAAAUCGGAACCGCUGGAUCUCCCUGAACCAACGGGUUCUAUGGUCACACUCUCCGAUAAAAUUUACGUGCCCACGAAGGACUAUCCCGAAUUUAAUUUUAUUGGGAGAAUUUUGGGUCCGCGAGGUAUGACAGCCAAACAUUUAGAACAAGAAACCGGCUGCAAAAUCAUGAUCCGCGGCAAAGGCUCAAUGAGAGACAAGAAAAAGGAGGAACAAAAUAAGGGCAAACCUAACUGGGAACACCUGGGUGACGAGCUGCACGUCUUGAUUACCAUAGAAGACACCGAAGAGCGAGCUAUAAUGCGAAUGAAUAGGGCUAAGGAUGAGAUAGCUAGAUUAUUGAUACCUGCGGCCGAAGGUGAGGAUGAGCUAAAAAAGAUGCAAUUGAUGGAAUUAGCCAUUCUAAAUGGAACCUUCAGGGAUCCUAAUUGCAAAAACAACUCCCAACAGAUCAACCACAUUAUCGCCAACUCUUUCAAUUCUUUAAACACCUUGAAUACUAUAAACAGUAUAAAUUCGCUCAACAACCUGAAUAACGGAACUCCUCUGUCCCAUCACCAUGCUCAUCGUUUAACCAGUACUCCAAUGGGUCACGGGGGGCAUACUUUUAUCCCGGCAGGAAGUUUAGUGCUAACCGCCUUAUCUCCCUCGGGCAGCCCUGGAUCACCUCCUCUUAUGACCGCUCACCACCCUUACCUCUUUCAUCAACACCACCCCCAUCUCAAUCAUUUGAAUAAUGAAACAGCAUCUCAUUCUCCUUCUUGCAAUGGAUCAAGCACAAACAGUUCCUCCAUUUCUUCCUCUCUCUCGACUUCUACUUCGUCCUCUUCGAUCAGACCUUUCCCUCCCAUAGCCAACCUUAAUCCCGCUCCGCAGCAAUUCGCCUUGACUCCUUAUAUCGAAACUGCAACCGGUGGAGCUGCCGGUCAUUUUUUAUAUUACGAUCCACUUAACGGUCAUUUGAGCCACUUGAAUCACACCCAACCUCAACCCUAUUUCGACGCUCGGACCGGUAACGCGGUAUUCGAAUACCCCUUCGAAGGUGCCAUCGCCCAUUUCGGUGCUAUAAACAAGCUUAGAAAGAUUGUUUUGAAUAGGGAGCAUCCAUACAAACUAGGAUGAUAGAUAUUCAUAUUUAGAUAGACGUUAUGCUCUGGCUCGUUAUAAAUAACAAUUAUAUUCGGCCACAUCUCACUAUUUACACAAAUCUACUACUUACUAAAACAACUCACACAAUACUUACUCGAGUUUGACAGUUAAUUAUUAACAAAUCGUUUUGACAUCUUCACACUCUUUAUUAAUCAUAUGUUUGUUUCAAAAAUUUUACACCACCUAAA